AUGUCUUUCGGCGAGGGAACCUACUACGUGUACACCUCUCUCAACAGCCACAAGGCCAUCGACCUCGAGGCAUCCGAGCCCACCGGCCGCGUCAUCGAAUACCAAUCCCAUGGCGGCAAAAACCAGCAGUGGCGCAUGACCAAAAUCACCCACGAGGAAUACAGCAUCCAAAGUGUCGCCACCAACACCUACAUCACGGCUCCGAAUGGAGACGACAUGACCGCCAGAGGCUCCAAGCUAGCCCCUGAGUGCAACAGCGUUGCCCGCUGGAAGAUUGUAAAGGCCAGCUCCAAAGGCGACGCCUAUUUUGUCCGCAACGUGGCGUAUCCUAACAAGGUCCUCGACGUGUCUGGCAGCAACCAGGCGGACUUGACUCCCAUCCUCGUUUAUACCUACCAUGGAGGCAACAACCAGCAGUUUACCUUCAAGGAGGUGUAA